AUGUCUGAUUUACUGCCAAUGGCAACUUACAGCUUGAAUAUCGAGCCAUACUCUCCAACUCCGGCUAUCGAUGUGGUCACUCCUGUCACAAUUCGUAUUACGAUGGCUGCUAUCGAUCCUGAACCCUUAGAUGACGAAAAGAAACCUUCUACUUUAAGAAUUAUCAGAAGGAACCCAGAUUUUGAUGAGGAGGAUGAUAUCUUGGGUGAUUUUGACGAAGAUGAUUUAGAUAACGAGGAAGAGGAAGAGGAAGAGGAAGAGGAAGAGGAAGAGGAAAAGGAAGAAGAAAUAAGAAAUAAGAAGGGCAAGAAGGGCAAGACGGAUGCUAAGGAAUCUUCCGAGGAGGAGGAUGAGGAAGAUGAGGACGAGGAAGAUGAGGACGAGGAAGAUGAAGAUGAAUUCGAAGAAUUUGUCUUGGCUACCCUUUCCCCAGAAAACCAGUACCAGCAAACCUUGGACUUGGUUAUUGCUCCAGAGGAAGAAGUGCAAUUUGUCGUUACUGGUUCUUACCGUAUUUCAUUGUCCGGUAACUACGUCAAGCACCCAUUCGACGACCCAGAAUUGUAUGAUUCUGAAGAGGAGGAAGUUUACGAUAGCGAUGAAUACGACUUGACUCCAGACGAAGAGGAUAUCCUUGAUAUGGAAGAUGUUAGCGAUGUCGAGGGAAAGAUCGAGGAAUUGAUUGAAAAGGACAACUCUAAAGGUAAGAGAAAGGCCGUCGAAGAUGUAGACGUCAGUUUUAAGCCAAAGGAAAUCAAGAAGUCUAAGAAGGAACAGAAGGAGCCAAAGGAAGAAAAGAAGGACAAGAAGGACAAGAAGGACAAGAAGGACAAGAAAGUCGAAUUCAAGAAUGAUCUAGAAGAAGGUCCAUCUAAGAAGAUCCAAGAAAAUGAAGCUCCAAAGACUAAGGUUUUGGAAGGUGGCGUCGUUAUCGAAGACCGUGUCGUCGGCACUGGAAAAACCGCCAAGAAAGGUACUAAAGUCGGUAUGAGAUAUAUUGGAAAACUAAAGAACGGUAAGGUUUUUGACAAAAAUACCAGCGGCAAGCCAUUUGUCUUCAAGUUAGGCCACGGCGAGGUUAUUAAGGGUUGGGAUAUCGGUGUCGCAGGUAUGACUGUUGGAGGUGAACGUAGAAUUGUUAUUCCUGCAGCAUACGCCUACGGCAAACAAGCCCUACCUGGUAUUCCAGCGAACUCAGAAUUGACCUUUGAUGUGAAGUUAGUUUCUCUGAAAUGA